AUGGCCAAGAUGUAUGUCACCGAGAUUGUGAGAUUGGAUCCUUACGGACCAUAUUUGCUAGGUGGAUGGAGCGUUGGAGGCAUUCUAGCCUUCGAAGCAGCCCGACUUCUCCGCGAGCUGAACAGAGUCGUGCAAGGCCUUUUCCUUAUAGACGCCCCCUGCCCUGGAACGAUUCCACCUCUGUCGCAGGACACAAUCCAGCUACUUGACCGGCUUGGGGUCAUCACCAGCAAAGAAUUGCAACCGCAACCACGACCGCAACUGCAGCAGCAGUGGCGGCGGCCUGGGCGAGAAGAAAGCAUUCGUGCGCAUUUCAUGGGCACCAUUCAGGCGCUAAAGACAUAUAAUCCUCUAUCGACCAGGGAGGAUGAUGCUUAUGAUGCGCCACCACCGCCCAAAUGUCUGACUCUUUGGGCGAGCGAUGGUGUAUGGGAAACCAUUGAGAAAGCCAAAGGCGCAGCAGCAGCCGCCAGCAUGCGGAACUACGACUGA